AUGUUGGGUGAGUUCUACUGCAAGAUGAUGCUGCCAGGACUGUUCCUCUUUGUGUGCUUCACGUCAUCAAUCUACAUCCUCAUGGCUAUAUCUAUCGAACGGUAUAUGGCAGUUGUGUACCCGUUGGUCUACGGGCGUCUUGUUAUCCGCAGAGGAAUCCUAGCCACAGUUCUGGCUGUCAUCUGGAUCACCACGUUCAGUGUCUAUUUCAUAUUUGUCAUGACGGUAGUCGGUGUUGAUCCUGGAUCUCACAGAUGCUACCUCCACUAUAGAUCCACAAGUAGUCAGGUCGUAACAGGGGUCUUCUACCUCAUCUACCGUCUCAUCCUCCCCACCACCGUCAUGCUUUCCACCCAGAUCUGCAUCGCAAGAAGCCUUCAGCGACGGUCGGCUCGCUACGGUUCAAAGAAGGGCGUCUCUUUCCACGUCAAAGCUCGUAAGCGCGUCCUGCAAUUGAUGUUGAUCGUCAUCCUGGUUUACAUCAUCUGCUGGGGACCAGGGCAAAUCUUCUUUGUCCUCUACUCAGUCGGAGCGAUUUCACCAACCUGGAUUGGCAGCACCUUUCAUACCUUCGUCAUUGUUCUAACGGCGUAUAACUCGUGUCUCAAUCCUAUCAUAUACGUUGCCUGGUUUCCAGAAUUCCGUGUUGCACUAAAACAGACCUUCUCCUGCAAGAUGACGAGCACCUCCUCGCCGAUAUUUGAUCAAGAUGCGAGCUCUGAAAAGCGCGAAGCUAAAACCAACAUGUCCAAUAUCUAA